AUGUUUUCUCCCCCUGUAAGCAGUGGAAAAAAUGGACCAACAUCCCUUGGAAGUGGACAUUUUACUGGCUCAAGCAACAAGACUUGGCAUGAUUGUCAGACACGUAUUGAACUUGCACAUGGAAGCUUGCCGGGUGGGAUGGAGGAGCUGAAGGCAAUGUAAUCUUGUUCUGUCCAGAAGAUGGUAAAUUUAAAAAUUUCAGACGACCCCAAGUAUAUUUUUUGCUAGUCAGGGGUAGCCACUAUUAAAAUAAUAUGAAUAAGAAGAAUCAGUUGAUAUGAGAACUUUGUCACAUCAUUUUUUUCUUAGUGAUCAAUCUCAAGUCGUAUUUGGAUGGGUGACUAAAAUUAGCACAUAAAAAUACAAUUCUCAGGUAGUAAUUACCAGAAAGUUAAUAUACUUCUCUAGCCGUUGGCUUAAAAGCACCAUUUGGUGAACCAAAACUGGCAAAGCUUUUGUUUAUUUAUUGGUUACUACACGCAUACUAAACAUAAAGCCUGUAGUAAUUGACAUUAACAUUCCAUUAAGCUUUCUCACAUCAGCAACUCUAACAUUACAAUAAUGUUUAAGUGUUUGUGAAUCUGUGAGUCUGCCCAGGGCUUCCAAACAGCUGACCUUGCGCUUCUCUGUAUAGAGCUACCUGUCGAUGUUCUAUCAAGUAAUGUCCAAUCGCAUUUAUGUCAGAGGUCCUUGGUAAAUAAAAUAAAACGAUCAAUAGAUGCGCGAAACAUGGUAGAAUUUUAGUGGGUGUCUCACUUAGUGUAACAGGUGCAGGAGAAUGCGAAGAGCUGCCAGCUGUAUAAUGACCCACUAUCCAUAUCUAGCUUGUAAUACAGUAUGUAUGCAGCUACAGUAAGAAGAUAUGAUGCAGACACAGUACCUGCAUUGUGCCAUUUCAUUAUAAAGAUGCUAUACUGUACAAUAUUUUAAUAUAUUUACUGUGUAAUUUACAUAAAUAUUUUGCUGUAGUUUUAGGUGCUAUCUUUUUUCACUUCCCAUCGCUUGUUGCCACAUGCAUUUUUUGAUCAUGUAGUGCAGUUUGUGCCUUAUUUUUCAUGAGAUUUAAAUGCAAUCUCUUUUCAUUAUAAUUUGUGAUUUUCUUUAUGUUAUUUGCUGUACAGUAUUGCAUGUAUAUUACAGUACUGAACUUAAUGUCUUGCCUUUACCCUAUAACUCGCUCACUUUCGUUCACAUGUGGGACUGGGGCCACACAAGUGAAUUUGUGUGUGCGUGUGUAUUUGUGGGUCAUGUAUAUAUUACAUUGUAGGGACCAGAUGUCCCUAUAAUCUGAUAAGACUUGUUAUUUUGACUUCAUGGGGUCCAGCUUAUAAAAAUCUCUCACUGUAAUCAAAAGACUAAGAAAUGCCAAAAGUCUUGUAUUUUCUUUGGUUACCUUUGGUAAAAGUCAAGGCUUGGUAGGGGUUUAGGUUGCAUUGUUGGGAUUGGGGUUUUUCCAAUAUAAAUACAUGGACGGUCCCCAUAAAGAUGUGAAUAUAAACGUGUGUGUCUCAUAGGGGAACAACUUCUGGGCCCUGGGAAAAUGAGCAACUUAGUAAAACGUGCAUUCAAAGAUUCAAACAACUUUUCACAUGCAUAUGCAGUGAAAUUCCAUUGUUUGCUCCAGAUGCUGCUAAAAAGAAAAUAACGCGUAAAAAUGAAAAAACAUAAAAUGGCAGAGUAGAUAGCAUGCUAAUGGAACCAUAAGUUUGGAAUGUGUAGCAUUUUUAGGUAAUUCCAGUAUUCAAUAUAAUUUCAUUUUAAUUAAAACAGUUUUUUUUUUUUAAUUCACAAAUCUUUUAGCCUAAUUGAUUCACCUACUAGACCACUCAUGAUAUAUUUAUACUAUUAUUUCUAUAUACUAUUUUGUUAUAUGAAUCAUAUUAUAUGGCUAUUCACAUGUGUUUGAGAUUGGAACAUUCAUUUCUAAAUGUAUUUUUAAAGUUUUUAUUUGUUUUCUUGUUCUCAGACCAUUGCAGUAUUGUGUUUGUCCAUGUAGAAGUGCAUGACUUAAUACAGCGCUGUAGAGCGUGUAGUGAAAAAAUGCAAUUAAAAGUACUUAAGUCAGAGGCAGAGUGCACAGAAGGGUCAUUUAUAUGCGAUAUGCCCAUAUUUUGGUAUUUCUCCACCCUAAGGUGUAUCUAGUCUAAGUGCACAUAAACCCCAAUGUGCAUAAAGCCGACUUAAACAUGUUUUGCUCAUUUCUUUUUUUUUUAAAUUGAUUUCUUUAUUCUUAUUUUUGUGCUUUAUUGUGUUUAUUUGUUUUGUGUACAGCACUUUGGCUGACACAUGGUGUCGUUCCAUGUGCUUUAUAAAUAAGGCAGUUGAUUAUGUUGAUGGGAGAACAGGCUAUCUAUAUAUAUAUAUAUAUAUAUAUAUAUAUAUAUAUAUAUAAUAUGUGUGUAAAACCCACAUUCCACUUGAAUUUUGCAUAAUCUACACCAAUUUAAGGGUUAUCUGUGUUUUUUGUGUAUGUCUUAUUGUCCAUGUCUUAAAGUGUCAUAUCAUUCAGGUUUUUCUAUGUCUAAAUAUAGUUUUAAUACUGAAGCUUUGAUAAAGACAAUAACUCAAAAACCAUUUGUUGGAUCUUUUUCAGACUUUGUAGCAGGAUUGUAUGUGUGACGAACUGGGCCUGAUUAAAUUUUAAGACCGAUCACCUCAAAAUCAAAACAGCACCGCAUAGUAAUAGCAAACAUUUGGGCAGCUUGAUCUUGUCAUGAUAACUCAGAAAUUGGAGUAACGGUGGAGAGGAUGAAUGAAAUAUGAGGCUUAUCUUUGUAAACUUUUUUUCUUUUUAUUACUCUAUUUGCUGUAUUUGUUCUAUAAUGGGCCUUCUUGCCAUCCAUCCAUUGCAACCAUUCCAUUUUAUGCCAGUUGUCCAGGGUCGGGUUGCUGGGGCAGUUGAAUAAGCAGGGAUGCCCAGACCUCCCUCUCACCAGCCACCUCCUCCAGCUCUUCCAGGGGAAUAUUAAGGUGUUCUCUCCGGAGAUAUAGUCUCUCCGGUGUGUCCUGGGUCUGCCUUGGGGCCUCCAUACGGUUGGACAUGCCUGAAACACAUCCCCAGGGAGCCGUCAAGCAGGCAUCAUAGAUAGAUGUCUGAACCACCUCAACUGGCUCCUUUCCUUUCAAAGGAGUAGUGACUCUACUUUGAUCCCCUCCUGAAUGUCCGAGCUCCUCACCCUCAUCUCUAAGGCUGAGCACAGACACCUUGCAGGAGAAGCUCACUUCUGUCACUUGUGUCCGUAAUCUCAUUCUUUUGGUCAUUACCCAGAGCUCAUGGCUCUAGGUGAGGGUAGGAACAUACACUGACUGGUAAAGCGAGAGCUUUGCCAUCCAGCUUGGCUCCCUCUUUGCCACAACAAAAUGGUACAGUGUCUGCAGUACUGCCAAUGCUGCACCGAUCUGUCUGUUGAUCUCCUGCUCCCUUCUUCCCUCACUUGUGAACAAGCCUCUGAGAUACUUAAUUUCCUCCGCUUGGGGGAGCAACUCAUCCCCCCACCAGGACCGGGCCGUCCACUCUUUUCCGGUCAAGAACUAUGACCUCAGAAUUGGAGGUGCUGAUCCGCAUUCUGGCCACCUCACACUCCGCUGCAAACUGCCCCAGUGCAUGCUGCAGGUCACUAGCCAAUGAUGCCAACAAGACUACAUCAUCUGCUAAAAGCAAAGACGAGAUCCUGAGGCUCCCAAACCACACCCCCUCCGUUUCUUGGCUAUGCCUAGAAAUUCUGUCCAUAAAAAUUAUGAACAGAAUCCGUGACAAAGGGCAGCCUUGACGGUGUCCAACACCCACUGGGAAUGAGUUUGACUUACUGCUGGCAGUGCAAACCAAGCUUUUGCUCUAUUUGUACAGGGACCUGAUGGCCCACAACAACAGAACCCAUAGCCCAUAUUCCUGAAGCCCUCCCACAGGACCCCCCAAGGGACAGGAUUGUAUGCCCUUUCCACAAAACGCAUACACAUAGACUGGUUGGGCAAACUCCCAUGAACCCUCCAGUAUCCUUGUGAGGGUAAAAAGCUGGUCCAGUGUUCUGCAGCCAGGAUGGAAUCCACAUUGUUCCUCCUGAAUCUGAAGCUCAACCAAUGGACGGACUUUCCUCUUCAGUAUCUUGGCAUAGACCUUCCCAGGGAGGCUGAGGAGUGUGAUCCCCUGAAGAUGGUGCAUAUCCUCCGGCCCGCUUUCUUAAAAAUUGGGACCACCACCCUAGUCUGCCAAUACCUAACAUCCACGCAAUGUUGAAGUGGUGUGUCAGCCAAGACAGCCUAACAACAUCAAGAGCUGUCAAGAACACAUCCACCUCUGGAGCCUUACCAUCAAAGUUGUUUUUUUUUUUUUUUACUACUUCAGUGAUCUCAUGGCUGAGAUCUAGAAAUGGGUUUGUCCCCCUCUGAGUCUUCCAGCAGUACUUCCUCCAAAGACGGUGUAUCAGUGGGAUUCAUUAGAUCCUCAAAGUGUUCUUUCCAUCGCCUGACUAUAUCCCCAGUUGAGGUCAACAGUUCUCCGUCUCUGCUAGCUAAAGCCAUGCUUCCCUCUCCCCUAGAGCUGUCUAUCUGCCAGAAACUUUUCAAGACCGACCAAAAGCAUAGCCUCACCAAAUCCCUCCUGCACCUAAGUUUUUGCUUCAACAACCACCAAAGCCACGUUUCGCCUUCCCUGCCGGUACCUGUCAUCUGAUUCAAGAGUUCCACAAGCCAACCAAGCUUGUAAGGCCUCCUUCUUUUGCCUGUCAACUCCUUUUACCACUGGUGUCUACCAUCGGGUUCGGGGAUUGCCGCCACGACAGGCACUAAUAACCUUAUGGUCACAGCUCUGCAAUGCAGCAAUGGGCCAUUCAACGGAGUAAACUCCAACACACUGGGGGGCUAUAGGCAGACCCAUCCCUGCCCGGCGCCUCUCCCCAUGAGCAACUCCAGAGUGGAAUAGAGUCCAGCCCCUCUCCAGGACUUUGGUUCCAGAGGCCGAGCUGUGGGUUGAGAUUUAGAAGACAGAGGCAGCUCUGGGUCUUGGGGAAAUGGAGGCCGUUCUUCUAAGAAUCAUGUGGAAGGCGCUCAGUACCCCCACAUGACAAACCGGGACCAGAGCUCACUUGACACUAUCUCCCCUCCCUAUGUCAAUUCCCGACUAACAGGUAAACCAGAGAGGACUUCAUACUCGUAUGGAAGACAAUCAAAUUUACAUGAGUGCCAUCAGCCUAGCCUGCUGGCAGGAGACAUAGGAGUUGGUUCUCCAGGGGCAGCUUCGCCCACUAAGCCUGGCACCCAGCACUACCAGCACUAUGCCAGUAAUCCCCGGCGGAGACCGUUACAUGGGGACUCCAUGGAACUGCAGGCAAAAAAAGUCCGCAAAGUCCCGCCAGGAUUGCCUUCCUCAGUAUAUGCCCCACCUGCGACCACUGCCGACUACAACCGGGACUCACCUGUCUAUCCAUCCACGAAGGCCAGCAGCACCUUCCCCAGCUCCUUCUUCAUGCCAGAUGGCCACCACAGCACAGACCCAUGGAGCUCACCCAGUGGCAUGAGCCAGACCAGUUACAGUGGAAUGCUUGCAAAUUCCUCUCAUGGUUCCCAGAGCAGCAGCUACUGUGGCCUACAUCCUCACGAGAGACUUAGUUACCCGUCACACUCAUCAACAGACAUCAGUUCCAGUCUUCCUCCAAUGUCCAGUUUUCAUCGUAGUGGAGCAAAUCACUACAGCACUGCAUCCUGUACAACAACCACAAACGGAACAGACAGCAUAAUGGGUAACAGGUCAGCGGGUGCCCCUGCAAGCAGUUCCCAGACUGGUGACGCUUUAGGUAAAGCUCUGGCAUCGAUUUACUCCCCAGAUCACACAAAUAGCAACUUCUCAUCUAACCCAUCAACUCCUGUCGGAUCGCCCCCUUCACUCACAGCUACAAGCACAUCAGUCUGGUCCAGAAAUGGAGGACAGGGGCCCUCUUCUCCAAACUAUGAGGCUCCAUUGCACUCGUUGCAAAGCCGCAUUGAGGACCGUCUGGAACGACUGGACGACGCUAUCCAUGUGCUGCGGAGCCAUGCGGUGGGGCCUUCCCCUGGCAUGUCCAGCAGCCAUAGUGACAUGCACACUUUGAUAGGGUCAUCGCAUAAUGGGGCCUUGAGCAACCUCAGCUCUGGAUACAGCACAGGCAUGCUGUCAGCCAACAGACACUCCAUCAUGGUUGGUGCCCAUCGCGAGGAUGGGGCUGGUCUUCGGGGCAGCCAUCCAGUUGUACCAAAUCAAGUUCAAGUCCCCCAACUUCCUGUGCAGACUGCAACAUCGCCAGACCUGAGCCAACCACCAGAUCCAUACCGUGCUCUCUCUAGUGGACUCCAGGGACAGAGCACGUCAUCAGUCAGCUCGGAAAUCAAGUCCGAGGAUGAGGGAGACGAAAACCUGCAGGACACUAAAUCUCUGGACGGGAAGAAAGAGGAGGGUGACAGUAAGGACCUCAAAUCGCUUGAUAGAUCAAGAUCCAGUAAUAACGACGAUGAGGACCUUUCUCCAGAGCAGAAGAUAGAGAGGGAGAGGGAGCGCAGGAUGGCCAACAACGCACGAGAACGCCUGCGUGUGCGUGACAUCAACGAGGCCUUCAAAGAGCUUGGGCGCAUGGUACAGCUGCACCUGAAGAGCGACAAGCCACAGACCAAGCUGCUGAUCCUGCACCAGGCCGUGGCCGUCAUCCUCAGCCUGGAGCAGCAAGUCCGUGAGAGGAACUUGAAUCCUAAAGCAGCCUGCUUGAAGAGGAGGGAGGAGGAGAAGGUGUCUUCAGAUGGACCCCCACUCUCCCUAGCGGGGGCACACCACAGCAUGGGAGAAGGCACCAAUCCCAUGGGACAAAUGUCCAACUUGCCGAAGUUUGUCAAAAUGAUGAGUGACCACCUCCUUUGAUAUUAGCCUGUUCCCACCAAUCAAUCAACCAAUCAAACCAACAUAUUUUCCCCUGCCCUGUCAUGUGUAGAAAGAAUCAGCAAUGGACAAUGGCUGAGGAAAUUCAGAUUAUUUUUUUCUUUUGCUAAUUCCCUGUCUUAAAUGUAAAGACGAAAGUGCAACUUGAUGGAUGACUCUCCAAACAUAUCAUUAGGAGCUGAUGUGAGCAGCCUGCCUGCCUGCGAUUUUCUCCACACUGUGGAACACUUGCAGUUGUGCCUGAACUCCUCCUGAACGUAUAAAUGAGCAAGAUGUUGCGUAACUAUCAAUACCAAUCUGUAGGCCUUGAAGCGAGAGAUGAACAUAAUCAAAAAUGGUAAUUUAGAAUUUCAAGAAAUUGUAAAACCUGCAAUAAUGUAAAAGUGUACUUCUGAGCAGUAAAAGGAGGAUAAAGUUUAUUUGAGGUUCUGGGUGACUGGUGUGGCUCCAUACUGAAGAAGAAAGUCAAGUUAAAUUCUAAACCAGCAAACAUCCUGAUUAUCACUUUAGUGUAAUCAUAGCCAUUCCGUUACAUUGGGUAGAGCAGAUGGACCUUUUCACCAUACAGGGAGUUAACAGUAGCUAUUGUCACUCCUCGACUACAGGCUGUAAAGAGAAAUAAAAUGUGCUGCAGGGAUAUCAGAUUGAGGGCUUUAGUUUAGUUUAGUAUUGUGAUACGGAGAACCUCAGUGAGACCUUAACCACCAAGACGCAAGCUAUUUCUCCAGUGACUGUGCUGCAUGCAGAGUGAUACCAGCUGAAAGCUAGUAGUCCAUCGGUUCACUUUUUAGUUUCUCCCCAAGUUCUGCCACCUUAUUCCCACCUUUUUGAUCCUGCUCCUCCCAGUCCCAAUCGCCCCCAAACCCAGAGAUGCAACUUUAACAUGCUACAAUUCUACCAAUGUGCCUUUUAGAGUUCAUAUCAUUAAAAGUGCAAGGAGGACAUUAACAGAACUUUUUAGGAUGCAAGCUUAGGGAAUUGUUAGUCAUUAGGUCUAUGCAGUCAGGUUUUUUGUGACCUGGAAUUUAAAAAAAGUAAAAAGGAAAAAAGUAUUUUUUGGAUAAAUUGUAUUUAAUGUACUGUAUACUUAUAUGUAAUUAGAAGGCGUGAUUUUGAACAAUUCUGGAUUGAGUAAAUUAUACCACGGUGUCCCGUUGCUCUCUUCCUCUCCGGUUGCAGUCUCUGUCGACAGUGAGUGACGCGUCUGUUAUAGAAUGUUGUAUUAUAGCUUGUUAGCCUUUUAUGAGUAUUGGCUUAUCGGUCAGCCUCUAUAGUCAAGUACAUGUGAGUGGUUGUAUGUGUAACAGAUUUUCCGUUUUUGUUUUUCAUAUUAUUCUUUGUUCUGGUUUUGCUGUCAAAAUGUUAACGAAGAAACCACACAAUGCUGCAAGAUAUACAACAGGAGUAUUGUUGUGGUUCAAUCUACAAAAUCAACAUGAGGCACUGAAAGUGGAAAAGAAUUUUUAAGAAAAUUGAUAUAUAUAAAUGUAUAAAAAUAUACAGUAUAUAACUAUGGUGGAUUUUCAAAAGUUGUUGUAGGGAUUAAUUAUUUUGUCAAGUCUUGACAGAAGUAGGCAAGAGACAUUGAACUAAGAAGCUCUGCUAUGCCAGUAUGACACUGACUGUACGGCAUCGUCCUAGGGCACAGGACAGGACCAGGGGACCCAACAUCCAUCUGUUCCACUCACUGCUAACCAGCUGUCAAGGAUACAGACAUUUGUAAAUUGUAUGCAAACUUAGCAUUAUUUUGAAAUUGUGUAUGUAAAAGGUAUAUUUUUACAUGUAGACUGUUGUUAUUUUGUGUUUAGAAAUAUGUUGUAUCAGUUUUUGUUAAAAGAUGAGAAAUUAAUUUUAUGUGUUGAAACGUGUCUUAUUGAAAAUGUGGUGAAGUGAAACGCUUCAGAACCAUUUCUUUUUAGAUGUUCUGUUGAUAUUUCUGGGAACUUUUUUCCAGUGUGGGAUGGGGUGGGAAUUUCAAAAUAAUGCAUAAAUGUUUUCAUUCUUGUUCCAUUUUCAUUACAUAGUCAUUUUGAAUUGUAUUUUCUGAUGAAUAUGUAAAUAUAAACGACACACAGGGUUCAUGCAGUUUUGGUUGUGUGAUGAUACACAAAUGUAAGAGAGAUGGGGUUGGAUCAAUUGUAACAUAGGAACCCUGAUAAAAUUCUGUAGGCCAUUUUACCAGGUGCCAAAAACAGUGUUAUUAAUAUUUAGAGUUAAAGCUCUGAAGUCAGUGUUUGAUAGUGCUAACUUCAAUGAAUGGCUGAAGUGGCAGAGGAGUAUUACAUUUAAAUGUCAUAUUGAUCCAUGAUUAUGACAUGUAUGACAUCUUUUUUUCCUGUAUGACAUGGGUUUUUAAAAAUUCAAAGACUGAAAUCCCAAAACAUGUACUGUAGUUAUUGAAAUAUUUCUCUCUUUAUGGGCAAUGGCUAAGGGUGUCUCAUAGAAUCUGGCUGGCAAUUGACUGUCGUCAUGCUUGCCUAUCUAAACGAAAGUUGGCAGGGAAUUUGCAGUAAUGUUGAACAGAUAUGAGAAUACAGCCUGCAUCACAACACUUUUGACCUUGGUAAUACCAAAAAUGUUUAUAAAACAUGUUGUUUUUUGUUGUUAUUAUUUAUACAUUGUUUUAUUUUGCAUUUAGUAUUUUGCAAGUAAAACAAAAGUGUCAUAAAUUAGGGGAAAAUAUUUUUAUUUUUUAAAUGUUUAAACUGAAUAGUCAAGUAAGGUCACUGGAAUACAUUUCAAUUUUGACAUGAGACUGUGUUUCAAUUUUCAUGACCAAUUUUUUAUUUCAUUAUUACUGUCGUUACAAUGAGUUCCCUGAGCUAGAUGUAUCUACCAUGCAUUUGUAAACAAAUAAGCCAUGUGUUUUAUGUAAAUGUACAUACAGUCUAUUAGAGUAUAAACAUCUUUAUUAUAACUAAGUGAACUGAGGUUUAAUUUAAUUUCUUUUUGAGUAAAGCAAGGGUUGUCCUGAAGUGUUUUUGUUACCUCACACAUGGAUCCAGGGACACAAGACAGGAACAGAAAACUACAUGCUAUUUGGUGAUUUGUAGAAAUUAUAUUUUCAAUAAUGGUUAAAAUGAAAACCUGAAAACAUUUCUGUAGUAAACCUAAGUUUAAAAAUAUCUGUCAUAUAGUUCUAUCCACCGAUGAAUCAUAAUUUUAACCCAUGAAUAGGUGAAAUAUUAAUUAGGAACAACUCUAUCAAUUUGUGUUUGUGAGUUAUUGUGGAAAAUGACCACUGGCAGCAAUGUGAUAUAUCCAUAGUAGGUUAAUAUCAUCCAUCAGUCUAUCUGUUUGUCCAUCCAUGCACCAAUUUUUCUAAAUUCUUUAAAGUUGAGGGUCCGAGUAUAAUGGUAAAUAUCUUCAUAAUGAUUGAUCCACCUCCAUUUCUCAUGGAUGAAACGAUAAACAUGCUUUGAAUUUAAUUUUAUUUCACUGCAAUGACCAUGAAGAUACUAUCUGUUUAGUGGAGUUAACAAUGCAAUUUAAUGGCAUUUAUCCAGUCUUCCUUGUUAUUUUAGUUUCUUUCCUGAGCUGAUUUUAUUUGUUCCACUUUUGCAUUACAUGAAUGUAGCUGGACAAAUUUGGACCUACAUUUUUCAGUUAAACAGAUUUGAAAUGACAACAAAGGAUAUAAAAAAGAAAAAGAUCAAACUAAUUUCCAUCCAAAAGCAACCUUAUAUAAGCACAAAUCGUAUACAGAAAUGGUUAAAUGGGAAAUAUAUGACAACAUCCACAUGAUGUACAAAUUACAUUUAAGCAUAAAAGAAACUAAGGGAAUGUGUCAUGGUUUAUAGGCCUAUGAAUUUCAUUUGGGCAGCCAUUUUCCUUUCUCACCCAUUAUUUGUGCAGUGCUGGUUUGAACAUAUUCAUUUCAGAGUAUUAUAGACAUACGUAAUAGUGAAAAUACAUGAACUGUGGCCUUUUUCAUUCUUCUUGUUACUUGUGAUGCAAAUAAGUGAAAAAAAUAAGCUGAGAAUCACCAUGUAUCAGUGCCUGGGCUUUUUUUGUUAUAAAGCUUCUUUUGUCUAGUGCUCUUUUGCUAUGACAUAGACUAGUGCACCCUAUUAUACAAAACAAAAGACUAAAUUUAAAAUGAAAUAUAUUUGGCUUAUAUUUUGCAGGGCAAUCCUUUUAUACCAGGAAAAUAAAGAAAAUAAUUAAUAAAAAAAAAAAUUAAAAAAAGGAAGUCAGAUUCUGAAUAUUCCACUUUGUAGAUUUUUGGUAUCAUUCGAAGUAAAAGUUUGUUACUUUAUUUUACUAUUUAAAGUUAUUUUAUGUUAUCAAAAUGAGACUGUAUGGUGUUUUCUGUGAUGGGCCACAGUUUGCCAUUGGGAUCAUCCAGCAGUGACAAAAUUAAGAUAAUAACAGUUACACUUUAUUUGCAAUGUGUGACUGGGUGCCUGAAACAUUUUUUUCCAAGUAAUUUGAUGUUUUCUUCUCGUUUAAUUUUGUCCCUUUAUUAAUUUGUAUAUUAUUAUUAUUAUUAUUAUUAUUAUUAUUAUUAUUAUUACUGCCUUUUCACAUUAGUAUAAGUGUCUGAACAGGUUGUGUGCUGGAGUUCCUCUUCAGCCAGCUCAUUGUAAGCCAUUGCCUGUUGUUUUCCAUCUGUAGUUAUUCAAUGCAGUCAUGUACAUGACCGUUCUGUAGCAAUAAAUGUGCCAUUUUUAUAACA